CUCUGGCCUCGAUUGCGCGCGCUGGCUGCGGCGUCCGCCGGAAGUGGAGCGGAUCUUUGAUGGCGGCGACCAGCUGAGUGUCGGUGGCGGCGGCGUCACCAUGGACCUGCUGCCGGCAAACCCGCACGGCAACGGCCUGCUGUACGCCGGCUUCAACCAGGACCACGGUUGUUUUGCAUGUGGAAUGGAAAAUGGAUUCCGAGUUUAUAACACUGAUCCAUUAAAGGAGAAGGAAAAACAAGGUGAGGCGUAUCGCCAGUCAGAAUUUAUGGAAGGAGGAGUUGGUCAUGUCGAGAUGCUUUUUCGAUGUAAUUAUUUAGCGUUGGUCGGAGGUGGUAAGAAGCCCAAGUAUCCUCCCAAUAAAGUGAUGAUAUGGGAUGAUUUAAAGAAGAAAACUGUUAUUGAAAUUGAGUUUUCUACCGAGGUCAAAGCUGUUAAACUGCGGAGAGACAGGAUUGUGGUUGUUCUGGAUUCCAUGAUUAAAGUCUUCACAUUUACUCACAAUCCACAUCAACUCCAUGUCUUUGAAACAUGCUACAACCCAAAAGGAUUGUGUGUCCUUUGUCCAAACAGCAACAAUUCACUUCUCGCAUUUCCAGGAACCCAUACUGGGCAUGUGCAAAUCGUAGACUUGGCCAGCACUGAAAAGCCACCAGUUGACAUACCUGCACAUGAAGGAGCUUUGUGCUGCAUUGCUUUAAACCUUCAGGGAACUCGCAUUGCCACAGCUUCAGAAAAGGGAACCUUGGUCCGAGUUUUUGACACUACUACAGGGCAACUCAUUCAAGAGUUGAGGAGGGGGUCACAAGCAGCAAAUAUCUAUUGCAUUAAUUUUAAUCAAGAUGCUUCUUUAAUCUGUGUGUCAAGUGAUCAUGGGACUGUUCAUAUUUUUGCGGCCGAGGAUCCCAAAAGAAACAAACAGUCCAGUUUAGCAUCUGCAAGCUUCCUUCCUAAAUACUUCAGCUCGAAGUGGAGCUUUUCCAAGUUUCAGGUUCCUUCUGGGUCACCUUGUAUCUGUGCCUUCGGUGCUGAGACGAACGCUGUUGUGGCAAUUUGCGCUGAUGGCAGCUAUUACAAAUUUUUAUUCAACACCAAAGGUGAAUGCACUCGUGAUGUAUAUGCUCAAUUCCUGGAAAUGACAGACGACAAGAUAUGAAUACAAAUGACAUGAUUACAAAUAAUUUUCAAACAAAUGUAUUGCUGUGUUGUAUCCUGCCUUCUAAAAGGACAGUGUUAAACGACUAAACUAAGGAAGAUAAUGAACCUUUGGAUGGACCACUGAAAGAACAGCAUACUCUUACUUCCAUAUUAUUUGUCAUUUUCCUAUUUUCAAUCUUUCAGAGUUGAGAAGAAUCCUCUAAAGUAAAUAGAAAGACAAACAUAGUGACCACAGAGACAUUACCAAAUCUUCAGCCUUUUAUAUUAAAACAAAGUGAACUAACUGUGCCUGUUUAAACUUGUAUCUGGAUGUUUACAGUAUGAAAUUUGAUAGCAGCCAGUCACUCAAUGUGUGCUAUACCUGAUAAUAAAGAUUGUUUUUUGUCUGCUGAGAGUUGUGUGCUCAUGACGAGCAGCAUCUUGGAGGAGGGGACAGUUGUCAUCUAUUCAUCGUAAGUGUGGUCAGUGUAUGUGAAAAUGUUCAAUGGAAAUUGCACAACUGAACUAUUAACUUGAGAUCAGUUAAUGGAAUAGAUUUAUAUUGUAUUGUUUAUGCAAUUUGGGGUCCAAGCACAAGGUUAAACUGCUGUUUGCUUUGAACAGGAUGCCCAAUUUGUUAGUCACUUAUGUGCAUACAGUACAGAGCAUUUAGAAUUAAAGAACCUUAAUAUAAACUGCACACAAACAUCUUGUCUGGAUCGAAAGGAAAUUUAAAUACGUUUCACUAAUAGAGACAAUUCUAUCUAACAAACCGGCAAUCUGGGUAAAAAAUGAUAUAAAUUAAUAAAGGAAUGGUCAUUGUAGAUUUUGCAGAAUAAACCAUUACAAACAGUUGUAUAAAUAGAGCAGUCAUGUUAAAUUGUUUGAGACUUCAGAAUUUAUGCUCUAUUUUCAAUAACAAUUUAACAGCUUUCAGUUCUGAUAGUUAGUCGUGUGAAAUAAUCUUAAACAUCUGAUUUACAUUCUAAUUUAACUUGUCAAGCAGGUAAAAUUUUGUGCAAAUAUUCAUGUUUAACCAGAAUGAUUUUUGAAUAGAAGUUUGCUCACCUCUGGUGGAUUGAUUAUGCAGGAGGGAAGUAUUUGGAAUGACUUCAGUUCCCCCAGAAAGUGUCAGAAUAGACUUGAGAGAAACUUUAAAAUGUUCAUUUAUUUAACCAGACCUAUAUAGAUUUACGAAGAAUUUCCUGUUGCAAUACAAUUUAUUUGGAAAUCGAACCAGUAAUCUGAGUUUAUGGUCAGAAGACCAAUGUAACUGACAGCAUACAUGGCAAUGUUACACUACUUCUAACUUGUAUUUUAAAAUCUGAAGUGCAGCACUACACCUCGAUUUAAAAUUGCAAUAGGACAAACCACAUGUGGACAUUUUGAAGAAUUCAGCUUGAGCUUUUGAGAAAAUGCUUCCAGGAAACAAGAAAUUACAUUUGAAACUGUAUUGAGUUAGUAAGCUAUCACAUGGUUAGCUACUUUCACUAUAGCUUUUUUAUAUAAGGCCACUUUUUUUUCUCCAGUAAUUGUACAGCUAUUGAAUUGGAGGAUAACUUUCAUAGAACACAUUUCUUUAAUACUAACCAGUGUUUAUAAGCACCUUUCAAUUCUGGAAUUAUAAAUUAAAAUCAAGUAAAUGUAUAUAGGUUUGUGUGCAUGUAAAUUGUUAAUGAGCUCAGUUACAUCCACUUUUUACUAAAAAAUGUUUAUUAAAUUUUUCAUGUUUGACCAUUUGUGUAUAAUUUGCUGUUUCACUGCCUUAAUAAAGGGUCAUGUAGUCUUCA